AGGGAGGGUGGAACCAGGGGUAGAGAGAUUCACACAGCAUAGCCAUCACUGGGUAGACAGCAUCCUUCCGAAACGCACUCACGAGCAAACAAAAAAGAGGCUAAACACAUCAGAAUCCUUUCAGACGACAACAGAACACAAGUCCUUCAGCAGAGAUGGGGCCUGGAUUGUUCUGGAUCUUCCCAUCCAAGACUAGCUGCACGGUUCCACAGAGCCUGCUGCAGACAAUGUUGCUCUCCAGGAUGGCGGGCAUAAAGGAUCAGCAGUUCACUGAAGAGAAACCCCUACUGCCAGAAUCUGGGGGACAGGAAACGGAGAUGGCUAAAGGACAGUGUGUGCACGCGCUGCCCUGUGCUACGCCCUCCCCCCCUACGGCUCGCCCCCCAAAACGCUGGCAUGCCAUCGCCCGACACUGGCUCGGCCUGACGCGCCGUCGGACCAGCGGGUACUUCCCGGAAAACUGUGAGACCUUUGUGGCUGAGGGAGAUUGGAAGGAACAUGACAUUGAAACCCCUUAUGGGAUGCUGCACGUAGUGAUCCGUGGGGCUCCCAAGGGCAACAAGCCAGCUAUCCUGACCUACCAUGAUGUUGGGCUCAACCACAAGCUGUGCUUCAACACGUUCUUCCACAAUGAAGACAUGCAGGAGAUCACUAAACAUUUUGUGGUGUGCCACGUGGAUGCCCCGGGCCAGCACAUUGGUGCCCCCCAGAUGCCUCAAGGAUAUCAGUAUCCAACCAUGGACCAGCUAGCUGGGAUGCUUCCGAGUGUGGUGCAACACUUUGGCUUCAAGAGCAUUGUUGGAAUUGGAGUCGGGGCUGGUGCCUACAUCCUCGCCAAAUUUGCGCUGAUUUUCCCUGAUCUUGUGGAGGGUCUGGUUCUACUCAACAUUGAUCCCAAUGGGAAGGGAUGGAUCGACUGGGCCACAACAAAAUUGUCAGGACUCACCAGUACUUUACCAGACACUGUCCUCGCCCAUCUCUUCAGCCAGGAAGAGCUUAUGAGCAACACAGAAGUGGUUCAGACUUACCGUCAACAGAUCAACAACACCAUCAACCAGUUCAACCUACAGCUCUUCUGGAACAUGUAUAACAGCCGCAGGGAUUUGGAAAUGAACCGCAGUGGAUCUGUGCUAAAUGCUAAGACCCUGAGGUGCCCGGUCAUGCUGGUCGUUGGAGACAAUGCUCCGGCCGAGGAAGGCGUGGUUGAGUGCAACUCCAAACUGGAUCCAACCAACACCACAUUCCUAAAGAUGGCUGAUUCAGGUGGAAUGCCUCAAAUUACACAGCCUGGAAAACUCUCCGAGGCUUUCAAAUACUUCCUGCAGGGGAUGGGUUACAUUGCUUAUAUGAAGGAUCGGAGAAUGAGUGGGGGGCCAGUGCCCUCGGCUAGUAUGACUCGUCUUGCUCGCUCGCGAACGGCCUCUCUGACCAGCGGCGGCUCCGUGGAUGGUUCUCGCAGCCGCGCGUGCACGCACUCAGAUAGCAGUGAGGGCGUCGGGCAGGUCAGCCACACCAUGGAAGUGUCCUGCUGAACCCAUGUGCACUGUCUCACAUGCAAACAUUUAGAGAGACGUGGCAUGGAUAGAGGGCGUGAGAAGAAUGGAGGUCUCAUAUUGCUUUCAUUCUUUCAUUCUUAGCCAUUUUAUAUGUCCUUCUCUCUCCGUUUUAUCAGUGUUAGCCAUCUUAAAGGAACAGUUGACUCAAAAAUGAUUUUUUUUUAAUGAAAAUAUAACUAUUUCAUCUAGAUGUCUUUAGAAACCUGUAUGACUUAAUUUAUUUUGCAGAACACAAAAUGAGAUAGUCCAAGGAGCUAUUUUCCAUAUAAUGAAAGUGAAUGGUGACCACAACUAAAUUUCAUUGAAUAACAACCUUUUUUUCUGUGUACUGGCUUCAGAAGCCCAUUCACUUCCACUGUAUGGAAGAGAGCAGCUUGAACCUUCUGCUGAACAUAUGCUUUUGUGGUCCACAGAAGAAAUAAAGCCAUACAGGUUGAGAAUAACCUCAGUUUGAGGUUUCAUUUUUGAGCUGAACUAUUCCUUUAACCAUUAAAAUGAAGACUUGCUGUCCUUUUCACCCUUCAAGACAGUGUUUGGUUUCCCCACAACUUUGUAACAUGGUUACUUAUCGCUCUACAUGUCAGUAUUCCUGCACCCUUUGCUUGCUGUCUCUGGCCUUCACCUCCUAAGACAAAACUACACGUCCCAUAGGCCCCUGCUCUCACUCAUUCCUGUCCUGUGACAGUCUUUGAGGAGAAACUGAUGGAUUGUGUCGCAGGUAAAAGGGAUUGGUCUUGAGAAACAGCAUGAAACAAAGCAAAAGAAAGAAUUCUGAAACCAGAGAGCAAUUUAUAAGUAACAUUUAUAGCUCUCCCUCUCAAUUUACAAAGCCACUGUAUAGUCGAAAAGGAGGGAAAUCUCCAGUAAACAGUCGCUCUCGGCUAAUCAUCUCAGCUCAUUUAGUCACUUGAAGUGUAUUUUUCGCCACAAACUGUAAAAAAUAAAUAAAUCACCUUUUAAUUUAUUUUUUUUUUACGUUUUUUUGUUAUUAUUAUUUGAUACCAUGAUUGGUUUUCUAAUUUUAAAUGUCAUUUAAAGCACGAAAAACAUUUAAAAAAUGUUUUCCUCCAUUAGAGUUGGACCGCUGACUUGCCUUAAAUAGUAUUUUGUCAUGUUAGAAUGCUUAAUUUUGCCAUUCCUUUCAUAUUAAGCACUAAUAUGAUCGACCACACUUUCAAAUCAAGUCUCAUUUCAUUAAAUACUACAUGCCUAGGACCCUUUUAGUGUGCUCUCGCUGUCAUAUGAAAGUGGCUUUGUCUGGGAUCGGUUCUGUACGGUCUCCAUUUUAUAGACAAUCAGCAUCUGACCCAAACCAAAGCGGAACCGUAGACUGAGGCGGAGCCUGUGUGAUAGAGUUUGCCCUCAAGGCCUCACUUCCCUUACAGCACCCAGCCCCGCACCAAGAAUAUACCAAAGCUACUGAUUAAAAAAAUGCACACAUUACAUUUCCCAAUGAGGGCUGGGCUCUGCAAGGUAACAGAGCUUUUGUAUGUACACACACACACACACACACACACACACAAUUCAUGUACUCACAUGCAACUUGCAUAAAAAAUGAUACUGAAAGAGUAAUAUGCAUUAGAAUCAUAUUCAGUGCAUGCUUAUUUGAUAAUUUAAUGUAGAUCUGUGGAUUCGCAUUUAGUUAUUAUUAUUUUUUAAUGGACUCAUGUCAAAUUUCCACAUUUUCUCCAUCGUUUGGUCAAUUUCUAAAGUGCUAAAUGACAAAUACAACAAACGUAUAUUUUUUGUUCUCACAUUCACUUUCCGUUUUAUUAGAAAUGCAUAGCAGCAGCCACGGUAAUAUAACAAAAAGUGUAGUGUUAUGAAAAAAAUUGCUAGAUUUGCAAUGUUAAUUAUUGUUGAUUUAUGUGCACAAACUGCCCAAAAUUAUUGGAGAAAACCCCAACCUAAACAAUUGCACGCAUGAAAGUAGUGAAUGAACAAAUGAGCAAAAAAAAACAAACGACUGAGCAAAUUAAUGAACGAAUGCACAAAUGAUUUGAAUCAAGUGAGAUGAGCUGAGAUCUGAUUGGCCGACGCAGCAAACAUGGAACUUACGAGGGCGGAGCUACCGCUGGCUUUCAAUUCCAGACUCACGUUUUUCUGUCUUACUGAAUGUCCGUUUUUCUGCUGCUUCCUAGAACAGGAAGUGCAUAAUUACGGCUUCUCGGGGGUGUUUCCUUUGUGUUUGUCUGUAAGGGGCGGGGCUUUCUGGAGCAUGAUGCUCCAAGCUCGGAAUGUAGGGCAAAUCCCAUCCCCAAACAAACCCAACCCCCAAAACACAAGGUGCCCCUCCCCUCACAGACACUUCCAGUCGCCCCUAAAGGGCUAUCGACCCAGGCAACGCAUCGUGAUCAACCUCACUCCGUGCAAAGCUGGGCGCAGUACUGUAGAUACUGUAAAAAGAGAAAGAAGAAUGUGUGAUACGGAAUAAACGGUGAAUGUGAAAGAGAAGAGAGGGAGAGGAGGAACAAAAGGACACGUGGUGGGUGUUUAAAGCGGGUGGGUGAAAGUCAAAUGCAAAAUAUCAAUGGGUUUCCUUCUAAAGACUGAAUGGACAAAGACACGUUCUUCCCCAGUUUUGAUUUGCAUGAGUUUUGAUAAUGCAACCAUGUGUUUGUGUCGUUUUUCUUGAUUUCCUGUCUGAAGUAUGCAGUCGUCAGCUCUUAUUAAAAGAUCAAGAGCAUGCCCACCCUUGUCCACCUGAUCCCUGAUUUCUGCCUGGGGGCCCUGAAUGUAUUAUGUCCUUUGGAAGUGCUGUAGAGUAUUGUCAAUGUGGCCCCAUAUCACCUUUUCUUAAAUCAGGGCUCACACCAGUUUGACCUGCCACACCUGCCUUUCCUUGCACCCUUUCCCUUCUCAGUCUAUGUUCUCUGCUGUAGAUAUUUGCUGUUUUUAGGGCAUAAAUCUAAAAAUAGGUCCGUACCACUAGCCUUGUUAUGUGGAACUGUUAUACUUUGGAUUUCCCAUGAGUUCCUCUUUUUAUAAUACUGUAGUUCUUAUUUAACCAUGUGUUGCAUCUAUUCUUGUGAGGAUUCAAUGAGUAUUGUUAUUAUGAAUAUGAUUACAAUUGUUACGAUUAGCCAUUGUUUUAUAUUAAGCAAUAAGUUGUUUCGUGUUUAUUUUUUUGGAUGGGGGCUGGUUGUUCCAAAUCUGUCUAAAGAUACAGUAAGAGUCACUCUUAACCUGCUUUACCAUAAGAAAACUAUUAGAACAAAUGUGUUUAUGAAUAUGUACUAUCUAUUUACAAGCUGUCACAGUCUGUGUACUAAAAAAACUGAAUGUGCAACAAAUAAAAAUGGAUAUACAAAACAUAAA